AUGGUGCUCACGACCGCUCCCGUGAAGGUCAAGAUCACCAAGGACGAUGAGACUUCCGAGCUGCGACGGCUGGCGUUCGGCUACGACGAUAGCUUCCAGCAGGCGUCUUCUGGAGGUCUCUUCGACGAGCAGAGGCAGGGCUACCACCUCUCCCUGUGCAAGUUCCUGCUGCGCUCGCUUGGCGGACUCUACCCCAACCUACCCGUCGGGAAGUUUUCCGAGCUUGCGGUCUUCACCGAUGGCGAUAUGGUCCGCUUCGACUCCGAGGAAGAGUUCGUUGCGGCCAUGAGCUACAAGUCGUGGGAGGGCUGCCUCCGCGUGGAGGUGACAGCCCUCAAGCCUUCCCCUCGCCCCCCCGCCGCCGACCCUGAACCCGCUUCCGUCGCAGACGCCGCCGCCGCCGCCAGCAGCGACGAGCUGGCCGCGAUCGCCAGCAGCGACCCCACGCCGAUGUCGGAAACCGCCAGCGUCAUGUCCUUCGUCAGCAACAUGUCUGGCUCGUCUAGCGCGUCGGCCGCAAGCUCGUCGUCUUCUUCGAGCUCGUCUUCUUCUUCGAGUUCGGCUUCUUCUUCGAGCUCGGCGUCAGUGGGAUCGGAGGAUGCGCCGCCGGUUGCGCGCUCCCUGGCCGCUCCCGUCCCCGCCCUGGCUCCUCCGGUGGACACGGCAGCUGCUGUCGAGGCCCACGACGAUGACGAAGAGGCCAUGAUGGCUGCGGCGGUGGCGGCGUCGAUUGCCGAGAUCGCGGAGGAUUCAUCUGCUUCCACAGACGACAACACCAACACCAACAACAACAACAACAACGAUACCGAGCAGCAGGUCGGGUCUUCUUUGCCCCCUGCCGCUCCUGCCGGCUUCGGAGGCCCGGGAACUCCCGCGAGAGCGUUUCUGACGCAGGUGCUUCCCGGCCUGGCGGACGUGCUGGCCCGGUCCAUAUACGCCGCUAAUCGGGGAUCUGACGGAGUCCCCAACACCUCCCCGGCGUCUGCCAGCGAAGGUGGAGACUCGGCCGCCGAGAAGGGCAUCGCUGUUGCUGCUGCGGCUGCGGCUGCGGCUGCUGCGGUGGCCGCCAACGCUGCCGCAACAUCUGCCGCCGCCGCCGCCGCCGCCCCCGAGGCGACGACGGCUACGGCUCAGCCCAGCACGGAGGCGGCGCAGGUGGGCGCGGAGCCGGCCGCCGCUGGCGCAGCCCCUUCCACCCCCGAAGUCCCUCGCACGGUUCAGCCUCCCUCUGCUCCCACGCCGCCACCUCCUGCUGCUACCGCCGACGACGAGGACACGCCGCCGGUGGUUCACCACGGCGUAAAGUGCGACGCCUGUGACGUCUGCCCGAUCAUCGGUACGCGGUACAAGUGCGCCGUCCGGGCGGACUUCGACCUGUGCGAGGAGUGCGAGAGGGCUCCCGUGGGCCAGGGCUCCCCUUUCCCCUUCCUCAAGAUCAGGACGCCCACCCAAGCCCCCGCGGCCAUCGUCUGCCUCCUCAAGCACGACCAGCCCGGCACCGCUCAGGAGGCCGCUGCCGCAGCGGCGGCGGCCGCGGGGGCGGCCGGCGGUCCUGGCGACACCCCCGGAAGCAACAACGGCGGCCGGAGGACGUUCGCCCCCGGGCAAGGCUGGCGGUGCAGGUCUAAUCCCCAGCACGGAGGCUGGGGGGAGGGACGCCGCAAGGGCCACCGCUGGAUGAGGGACCUCGCGCGCCGCCAGCAGCAGCAGUUCGAGCGCGCCGCUUCCGGCAUGGGCCCGGUCCCGCCCGGAGUAGAGGUUGUGCGCGGGAACGGCGGUGGUGUCGGGUGCAACAGGCAGCCGUGGUGUGGCCCCCGCAUGCAGCGCCGCAGGGACGACGACCCUGCUACGCCGGCGCCCGCCGCCGCCGCCGCCGGGGUUGCUCCGAAAAAGGAUGCCCUUGCCGCUCUCGCUGCCUCUUUAACCCAGCUGUUCCCCACGCCGCCGCCGGUGGGCUUCGCUGAGAAGAGCGAUGCCGACAAUGCGGCUGUGGCGGCUGACAGUGCUGCUGCUGCUGCUGCUGCCGCCGCCGCUGCUGACACUGCUGCUGCAUCGGUGGAGGAACCGGCUGAGACGGCGACUGCUUCGGCUCCUGCUCGGGAGAAGGCCUCUUCGUCUCCCUCUCCUCCUCCCUCGGGGGAGUACCACGACAUGCUCGCCGCGUCCAUGCGUUCUCUCGCGUCGUCCAUGACAGCUUCGUUCCCCUCGCCGGGGUCGGGCUCCUCGGCCCAGGAGGGUGGAGCCACCGCCGGCAAACCCUCCCGCAACAGCGGGGACACGGGCGGCAAUAAGUCUUCCGCCAAGCCCAUGGCAAGGUAUGAUGUUGGAAGCCCAUGGCAAGGUAUGAUGUUGGAUAGCAUAGUCUGCCAAAUGGUAUCUCUUCGUUGGUUGUGAAUUCUUGAUUUUCUGCGGGGGUCCGUGCUUGUUUCUUUUUUU